GUUGCUCACAUGAGUAUCAAAUUUUAGGAUUAUAUAGGGGUUGGGAUGACAAAACAAGAUGCAUGACUUUUACACCUCUAGGAGAAACAUUAACUGAACAAGAUUUAAGGAAAGUGUUUCCUGAUGAUGCUCUGUGUGCUCACAUACAGAUGGGUGUAACAUUACAAAAACUCAAUCUUACAUUUGAACAAGUAGUUCUACUUAAAGCUAUUGUUUGCACAGCACCUGAUCGUGAUGAGUUGGAACAAAGGGAUGCUGUAGCUACUAUUAACUGGAAACUGGUUAACUGCUUACUUCUUCUUCUGUGGCGGCAAAAUAAAAAUCCUCUUCAAAAGUUUGGUCAAAUUAUGUCAGUAUUGACUGAAAUGAGGAAAUAUAGUGUUCUUAUUCGAGCAUCUUAUACCAAUGUAAGAUCAGAUGUUGAAGAACUUACAGAGAAAGUUAAUAUACCAUUUAUUUAUGAACUGUUCUUUUGAUUAUUUUAAAAAUCAAAUAAACUUAAUUUAAUUAGUGAGAAUGGCAAUGAACUUUUCUCACUUUAAAUUUUAAUAAAAAAUCGAAAUUCUAAAUAAUGUUAAACUGAGUUCUAAAAAAUUUCGUAAAGUACCCAUUUAGUAGUUGAAAAUAAAUACAAAAAAGCAUUCAUGGACAUUAUUAUUCAGUUAUUAUUUUAGGAAAGUGGUUAGUUGUUAAUCAAUACUGAAGGAAGAAGACAAUCUUUUGUCAUACAUAAAUUAAAGAGAUCAUAAUAAGUAUCACUCUUAAAAUCUCAUUACAAUACUUCCAUCUAAUGGAAUCUUCAGGCAUGAUUUGUACAAUAAAACAGGUCUUGAAUAAUUAAAAAACCUGAAUAAAAAUCUAAAAAUCUUAUUGAAAAACUAAUAUCUAUUUUAGAGUCAGCAUACAUAUUUUGGGAAAGAGAAUGUGUACAUUUGUAACAGUUUCUUCAAAAGUGAAAAAUCUUUAAUGGUUUUGUAAAUAAAAAAGAACUUUUAAAUGAAAAAUAAUAUUCAUUAUUAAAUAUUUUGAGACUAAAUACAAUUUAUAUAUUUUUAGUUAAAAUUGUGAUUCCCAUAAUUAUAUCAUAUUUGACAAGAAUUGUAAUGUUUCAUUCGUUAUUUUUUUAUCCCAAACUUUGAAAAAAAUAAAAGCCACAGGCACUAUUUCUGCAUUUGAAUAGAAUUUAAUAGUAUUAAAAUGUACAAUCAGUCACCUAUACAAACAUUAUCAUCUUUUUGCAUGUAGCUGUACAAAUUCUUUUACUUUGAUCUUGAAUGACUCCUGUAUUUAAAAAGAAAAGCUAUUAAAACAAGUAAUUGUGAUGUAAAAUGCUAAGCAGCAGGAGCGGAACUACCAUGCCAUUAGACCCGACAAUGUGGGAAAGGGGUGGCAAACUGAUAAAAAAAAACAUCUCUUUUCUUAAAUUCCAAAUAUUUUAUUCCAUACACCUUAAUGGUGGUUUGUAUUUAAAAAAAAACCGAUUACUGCGCUACACAAAAAACACAACAUGACCUGUAGUGUGAAAGAUAAGCAAAUGCUCAUACUUUGUAUGACUUAAAAUACUCCAAUGGGGCAGUUGGUAGUGGCCAUAAAGCUGAUUCAAAUAACUGAAUUACAAACUUAAAUAGCCAAAUAGGGAGGAGCAUAAACUUCUUUGAAUAGUCAAACGGAAUGCAUAACACUCACUAAAUUUAAUACAGGAGUCCAAAAUGCUCAGAUAGUCGAAUAGGGAACCGACAAAGCUACUUUAAAAAGUCAAACAGGAGGGUCCAUAUCUCAAUUAAAAAAUUGAAUAGGGGGAUCCAUGGGAGGGGAAGGGCUUUUUCUAGUUCCGCCACUGCUAAGCAGCCAAGUUUACAUUACUAGAUCAAGAAAAGCUAAUGUGUUUACUUAUAACAAUGAGCUAAAAUAAAAUCAGUUAAAUAAUACCUUGUCUUUAGCAUAAUGUUCAGCUGCUUCCACAUUCAGAGGAUCAUCAAAAUUUAAUAAAUCCUGUGGGAACAUAAAAUUACAUUAACUAUUUUUACCAUUUGUUAAAUUGUAUAGGUAUUAUUUGUUAACUGAAAAAUGUAUUCAAAGAAUUCAUGAAAAAAAAUAAAAGAACUAUCUUCAUUACUAUAAUCACUAUUAGCCAUCUAAUUAUUGCUUAUUUCUUAGUAAACUAUGCAGUAAUCAUUUUCUGUUUUGUUUUCAAAAACCAAAUUGAUAUAGCAUAUCUGGAUAGGCCUAUUCCCUAUCACUUGAAAGUCUGGAAAUUUAGUGCAUGGGAACAACAGGUACAAUGUAUAUUUUUUUUAAAAAAGAAAUUAUUUCACAAAUGUUAUUUGUUUUGAAUGUAUUAAAAACACAAUUCAUGUGUAUGUGUCUCA